AUGCCCCGCAUUGUUAUCUUAUCUGAUCUACUCCGCAUACCUUGUGCUGCAAACAAAUCUCUCUGUGAACUCCCUACCAUGGAGGGACAAUCAAUUGAAUCGACGGAUAUGGGCCUUGAGACAUGGUUCGCGACCGUUAAGCACCGUCAACAUAUCGACUUAAUCGAUGGCUACGCGGGAGCAGAGUUCUUCAUCGUCGAAGGUGACUCUCUGCUACGGUGGGUGUUCUCGGACACCCGCAUCGAUUUCGAUGAAGGGUUCCAGCUGCUGCAUGCAGUGUUUGUCGUGGAAGAGUUUCUGCAACGGCUGAGGAGGAGGAGGUGUAACUUUGCGCUUGUUUUUUUCGACGCUUACGAAAAAAUAUGCGUACCGCCAACACCCAUAGGGGUGAAGAACGAGUGGAAAUAUCGGUUUGCGAGGUCGGCUAUCGUGGAACAUCUGAUGGGUGUGGAGGGGCUGGUGUCCAAGUUCAACAGUGUCGAGGAUAUGGGAUUCCAGCGGUAUCUAGAUGAUAAAAGACCAUACUUCGUCAUGUCACACGAUGGAGGUGAUUCCAAAGCUACACGAGGACUCUUAUUAGAACUACUAAAGAAGUUUAUCGACAUUGGUCAGAAUGUUGCGUUAAUAAAUGACUGUGAGUUCGUUGACAGCAAGAUUUUCUCCACCGUCCUUAAAACAAAGUUCACCCGCGAGCCGGUAUUUCUUCAAGGAGGACAAGAUGAUGAGACACCAGAGGAGCCAAAGGAAAAGCUUUCGCUGCCCGAGCUUAGCUCGGCCAGAGAGCGCUUGUCUGUAGCAGCUGUUGCCCGGUCUCUCAAGCAGGAACACCCCGAAGGACAACAAGAGUACCUUCAUAGUGUAUUUCUGCUUCACACUGCAUUAUUGUCGAACCUUUCACUUUUACAGCGGUGCUUCCCUCUUCCCGGAAAUGCAAAGUCGGGCACAGAACUCCACAACUUCUUGCAACGCAUUACCGCAAUAUCCAAAGAGCUUCUACAAAAUAAUGAGGUUUCGUUCGAAGAUGCCAAGAAUGAUGUCCACGAUUUCCUUGAUGGGCGGCUUCUAUUAAAGCUCAUCCUGCUCACCCCAGAUCCAGUUUCAGAUGCUGUUAAAGAAACCUUCUCGAAGCUAUCCUCCGAGGUGCAUCGUCUUAGCGACGUAACUCUCACCUUCCCCGAGCUUACAGGCACCGAAACCGCCCCUAUCCCAGAUGUAGCACCAGAGGUAGAACACGCCGAAGACGUGUCAUCGGUAGACGAUUCCGGGACUGAAGGAUCAGCAACAGAGGUUGCAUCCACAACCUACUCCGAAUCAUCCACCGCAACUUUGACGCCCCGUCAAACGACUAUCCUCCGUUUCACCAACCCUGUGCUUGACCCCUAUCUGUCGCAGGUCAAGCUACCGAUUGAGGUGUCCGCGCAAGAUGAGGAAAAUACUGAAACUGAUGCGGAUAUUCAAGUUGUCCGCGAGACCCAGAACUGGCAAUAUGCGAAAAAGACGGUUGUUCCUGCGCCUGGACAGCAAGGUGAUAAGUUUGAAAAGAGAGCCGCCGGAAAGGUCAGAAGGUCGGAACAGCAGUAUUGCAACCAGAUGAACCGAUAUGCGGCUUCACUUACGGAUUCUACAAACGGCGGUAUCGACCCAAAACUCAUCGUCGUGGAGGAAAAGGGAAAGAAGAAGGAGGUAAAGGGGCCGGAGAACGCACCCGAGGCUGCGGAUAAGACUGUAAAGGGUGGGAAGAAAGUCAUUGGGAAAAAAGAAACUGUUCUUGCGAAAGGAAAGACCACCGUUAAGGAAACCGCACCCAAGGGCAAGGCGACCGGAAAGAUUUCAGCUGCCGAGAUCAUCCGCCAAAAUAAUUCUGCAAAGAAGGCUGGUAAAGAAGCUAAACUGCAAGAUCUUUGGAACAAUUUUUUCCGAGACGUAAAAAAGAUCACAGAUGACGAGGAUGCGAUGGCUAGGUUGGAUACAUGGCUGAAGGAGACGAAAAAGACAGUUAAGGAUAAUUCGGAAUGGCCAUUUAUCCAAGCUGAAGGACGCCUGUAUAAAUUGCAGCUCCUGCAACGUCUGUGGACUGGGUAUUGUCGCCGUGGUGAGCAGAAGUUGGGGUACAUGGUUACCGCAGUCCUAUUCGACGAAGCUCGCACGAUUCUCGAUUCGGCAGGCUUGACGCAGAAAAUUCAAACUUAUAUCCAAAACAUCUUUCUCUCGCUCGGAAUUGCUAUGCCUCCGGGAAAGUCAAUCAAGACACUUCCCGACCGCAAGCUUUCUAUUCACUUCGAUGCAACCUGGAAUGGAAAAAUAGAGUCUCACGAUAUUAAACUUGGCAUGUCUAGUGAGGAGUUUCAGUUACUGCAUUGCGGACCUUGGAUGGAUCGAAAUAUGGAUUCCGCCCCGGAUCCACGUGUUCCCUUUGAGCCUGAUGGUUGGCAGAGAAAAGUAUUGGAUGAGCUUGAUGGUGAUAACUCUGCACUUGUGGUUGCUCCAACUUCUGCGGGUAAAACUUUCAUUGCGUUUUAUGCAAUGGAGAAGGUUCUUAAAGAGAAUGAUGAUGGCAUCCUCGUUUACGUUGCUCCAACGAAAGCUUUGGUGAAUCAAAUUGCGGCCGAAGUUAUCUCUCGAUUUAAAAAGAAUUACCGUUAUGCCGGAAAGUUCGUUUGGGCAAUCGGAACACGGGAAUGGACUAUCAACAAGCCUAAAGAAUGUCAAAUUCUGAUUACGGUCCCUCAUGUCCUCCAAAGCAUGUUGAUGUCGCCCACAAAUGCCACAUCCUGGACUCCUCGCAUCAAACGUAUCAUCUUCGACGAAGUUCAUUCUAUUGGAAACGCCGAAGACGGUGCCAUAUGGGAGCAACUUUUGCUGCUAUCUCCCUGUCCAAUUGUCGCCUUGUCUGCCACUGUUGGGAAUGCAGAGGAAUUCGCCUCGUGGCUCAGAGCAACACAAAGUGCGCAGGGUGUCAAUCUCAGCAUGGUUCAGCACCCACAUAGGUACUCUGAUCUUCGCAAGUUUGUAUACCGGCCAAAGAGAACUCAAGAGACUAUGUUUAAUGGGCUCCCAAGGACCUCCCGUUUCCAAACUUUAGAGCUUGGCGACGGGAUGACUAGGAUACAUCCGAUUGCUGCCUUAGUGAAUACUAGAAUUGAGAUGCAGGAUGAUUUGUCGCUUGAACCUAAAGACUGCCUCCAACUUUACUGGGCACUUUCGAAAGCCCAGAACGAGAAAUUCCCUAUCUCGGACGAUCUCGAUUACAAGAAGGUUUUCGGAACGAAAGGCGGGGUGAUCGUAAAGAAGGAUGUGGUACUGUGGGAGGAGAAAUUGAAAGAGGUUGUGAAGGUCUGGAUGCAGGAUAAAACAUCGCCUUUUACUAAAGUGGUUGAAAUAUUAUCCAACGAACAGAUCGAAGAAAAGAAAGCUGUUGAGGCCAAGGCUGCGCCCAGCGCAGAAGGUAAAGCAGAGACUAAAGCUACUACUACAGGUUCGGUUAUCGAGAAAAAUGCCUACUUGUAUCAGAAUACACUUAAUCUUCUACAAUCUCUCCAUAACGCGAACGCUUUGCCAGCAAUUCUCUUCAACUAUAGUCGUCAGAAGUGUGAGACAAUCUGUGAGGUUCUCUGUGAACAGCUCGAGGCCGCUGAGACUAAGUGGAGGGAAACCAAUCCAAAGUGGACCAGCACCGUCAAAGCUUGGGAAGUAUAUAUGGCCAACAAGAACGCGCGUGGAUCCAAGGUUCAAAAGAUUGCGAAACCUGAGGCUGGUCAGUCUAAGAAUGAUAUGAUGAGGGAUGCAGGCGAACUCGAGGGGAGCUAUUUGGAUCGGUUCGACCCGAAGUAUCCGAGUGCCGAGUUUUCGUUUGCAGACACCAGGAAGCAGGGAAACGCAGAGUUGGAAAAUGAUAUUAGUGACUUGAUUAAGUGGGGAACUCCUCCGAUGCUGGUGAAUGCUUUUAAGAGGGGAAUUGGUGUUCAUCACAGUGGUUUGAACAGAAAAUACCGACAAGCUGUUGAGAUGCUGUUCCGGAAAGGGUAUCUUAGAGUAGUAAUCGCUACCGGUUCGCUUUCUCUCGGUGUUAACAUGCCAACACGUACAACGGUUUUUGCUGGGGACUCUCCCGAUCUCACUGCCCUGAACUAUCGUCAAGCUUCUGGUCGUGCUGGUCGUCGUGGUUUUGACAACAUCGGAAAUGUUGUCUUCCAUGGUUUCUCAGAAGACCGAAUUAACCGUCUUAUAUCAUCGAAGCUACCUCCUCUUCUUGGUCACUUUCCAAUUAGUGCGUCAUUAGUGCUUCGCCUAUUCAUUUUGCUUCAUUCCUCGAAGGAAUCUGCACAUGCGAAGAAAAUGAUCAAUAGUUUACUCACUCAGAACCAGCUGGUUCUCGGUGGACAAGCGCCCAAGGAACAAGUCCUCCAUCACCUCCGGUUUUCUAUCGAAUACCUCCGGAAGCAGAAGCUUAUCGGCUCCACUGGGACACCGUUGAACUUCGCAGGGUUAACGAGCCAUCUUUAUUAUAUUGAGGAUUCGGCUUUUGCGCUUCAUGCGCUAUUGAUCAGCGGUUAUCUGCAGGAGGUUUGUAGAGAUAUUUACGAGAAGCCAGAGCAAACCUGUCAAGACCUCUUGCUCGUGAUGGCCCAUAUUUUUGGACGUAGGAAAUGCCGCCCAGGGAUCAAAACUCUUCCCCCAAUGCCGGCUCGCAUGAAGCAGGUUCUCAAACAACAGAAUGAUGAUACGCUCAAGACAUACACCACCUAUGUCGAGACAUUCGCGAAGGGAUACCUGGAUUCUCCGGACAACACUUUACCAUUCUCGCAAGUUCAGUGCGGAAAUACAGAGGAGAAGUCCACCACUGGCCCCACAGCUCGUUCGGCAUUCGUAGCGCUCUCUGGAUAUACUGAUCAAUUUUCAUCCAUCGAGGACCUGGUUUCCUCUGUCCGCCUCGGAGUUCUUCCCGAAGGCGCAUCGAUACCCCAUAUCCCGACCGAAGACAUGGACUUGAACGGAUACCUCGUCGACUUCUACAAGCACAGCGAUGUAAAUAAGCUUCAAGCUGAGAAUGGCAUUCGUCCAAACAAGGUCUGGUUUGUAUUGAAGGAUUUUUCGGUCGUGCUCGAGACUGUCGUACCGGGAAUAAUAGCAGUUCUGAAGGAUGGGCCUGGCGCGUAUUAUGACUUGAGCGCGGGUAGUGGCGAUGAGAAGGGUGAUCUGGAAGAGGUGGAGGUUGUGAGCGAGGAGGUGGAGGGUGAGGAGGAAGAAAUGAUCAAGAAGAGUGAAGGGUUCGGGAAGGUGCUCAAAGCCUUUAAGGUAUUGAGGUCCACCUUUGACGAGAAGUUCAAGCUUAUGUGGGCUUAA